GCCUCAUCUCCCCUGCUUCUCAGCGCUUCCUACUGAACUAUAACAGAUAGAUUGCAAGUUGGAAGAAGGAAGUCCACAAGAAGUCAUCAGUUCCAGUCUGCAGAGAAAACAGAAACAUCAUGAGCACAGCAGGAAAAGUAAUAAAAUGCAGAGCAGCUGUGCUUUGGGAGCUAAACACACCUUUCUCCAUGGAGGAAGUGGAGGUGGCACCCCCCAAGGCCUAUGAAGUUCGCAUUAAGAUGGUGGCCACAGGAAUCUGUCGCUCAGAUGACCACGUGGUUACUGGGAACUUUUCCACACCACUCCCUGUGAUCUUAGGCCACGAGGGAGCCGGCAUCGUGGAGAGCAUUGGCGAGGGGGUGACUGCAGUCAAACCAGGUGAUAAAGUCAUCCCAUUGGUUAUUCCCCAGUGUGGAAAAUGUGCCGUUUGUAAACACCCAGAAGCCAAUCUCUGUGUGAAAAACGAUCUGACCAACCCUCGGGGGACCAUGCAGGACGGCACCACCAGGUUCACCUGCAGAAGGAAGCCCGUCCACAACUUCCUAAGCACCAGCACCUUCUCUGAGUACACAGUGGUGGAUGAGACUGCUGUGGUCAAGAUCGAUGCAGCUGCACCGCUGGAGAAAGUGUGCCUCAUUGGCUGUGGAUUUUCUACUGGUUUUGGGUCUGCAGUCAAAGUUGCCAAAGUCACCCCGGGCUCCACCUGUGCUGUGUUUGGCCUUGGAGGAGUCGGCUUGUCUGUCAUCAUCGGCUGUAAGGCAGCUGGAGCAGCCAGGAUCAUUGGGGUGGAUAUCAACAAGGACAAAUAUGCAAAGGCCAAGGAGCUGGGUGCCACUGAGUGCAUCAACCCCCAGGACUUCCAGAAACCCAUCCAUGAGGUGCUGAUGGAAAUGACUGGGGGUGGUGUGGACUUUUCCUUUGAAGUCAUUGGUCGGCUGGACACCAUGGUGGAGGCCCUGUCAUGCUGUCAUGAGGCAUAUGGCGUAAGUGUCAUUGUAGGGGUGCCUCCAGGUUCCCAAAACCUCUCCAUGGACCCCAUGUUGCUGCUGACUGGGCGCACCUGGAAAGGGGCAAUUUGGGGCGGCUUUAAGGGUAAAGAUUCUGUCCCCAGACUUGUGGCUGAUUUUAUGUCCAACAAGUUUCCACUGGAUCCAUUAAUAACACAUGUUUUACCUUUUCAAGAAAUCAAUGAAGGAUUUGGCCUGCUUCGCUCUGGAAAGAGUAUCCGCACCAUCCUGACAUUUUAAGGCCAUGCAGACGCCUUCACUUGCCCCCUCCUUCUGGCUGCCCCAUGCCCUCAUCGUCUAGAACAUGAGACCAACUCCAGCACUUACCUGCCCUUCAGAGAUGCUACCAAUAAAUACACAUGGGAGCAUUCCAAAAGAAACAGAAAUUGCUGUGAAAAAGUGGUUGUCUGAGGUUUUAAAUAUAAAUAGUUUCCAUAUACUCACCCUCCUCCAGCCCUGUGGGCAAUUUCUCUUAUUAAUGACAUCAUACAUCAGAGUGAUACAUUUGCAAAAAUUCAUUACCCAAUAUUGAUACAUUAUUAUUAUUAUUAUUAACAUAAGUCCCUGAGUUACUUUAGUUUCCCUGUUUGUGUUGCACAGUUCUGUGGGUUUUUACAAAUGCAUAAUUUCAUGUAUUCACCAUUAUGGUAUCAUAUAGAAUAGUGUCACUGCCCUAAAAAUGCCCUGUGUUCCCUGAAAUCACUUCUCCAGCAUGUCUGAAAUGCACAUGAGACAGAUGAAAUGGCAAACAUUAGCUGGAUAAUUGAAGUCAGUAAACCUUCCUUCUUGAUCAUUUUAUAUGUGUUGUCUUUCCCAUUGAGCAAAGGUAUUUCUUGUGACUUUAUACCCUUUUUGUACUUUUGGCUCCCUUAGUCACUGAAGCCUACUGGAGGGAACUCUCAUUAUUUCUGCCCCCAACACACACAUGACAGGCUAUUGUGCAUGAAGCCAUUGGUUUCUACAAUUCUUCCCACUGCCUGUAUAUUUCCCUACUUAUGAAAUGAUCAAAAGUUCUAGGGUAAAAACUAUAACAAGAGACUGUAUAGACUUAGAUAUAUAAGUGGAGAGGUUCCAGAACUUCCAAAUCCAGUGAAAUUCUUAGUAACCCAAGGGAAACACAAAACAUAUUCAUAAAGUAAAAGAAAUUGGUUUUUAUUGUUUAUAGUGUUUGUUUGCAGAGAAUAUAGAAUUGUCCUUUGAAAUAAAAGCAGGUGCCCUGCUGCAUGUGAUAAAUCAGAUAUUAAAGUAAAAACUGAACUAUUCCUAGAACCAUAAAAACAUAUUGGCAAUUUGUACUCAAUAAAGUGCUUUAUGGAAAAAAAA